CGUAAUAUAAUCUCGAGGGCAAAAUAACGACACAGCGCACACUGUAAAAAGCUAUUCUAUAAAAGAAGAGAGAGAAAACGAUUGCCAAAGAUGUGCGCAAAUAAAUGAGAGAGAGAAAGAGAGAGAGAGAAUAUUAAGAAAAAAAAGAAGGAAAAAAAAAGAAAAAAAAAAAAGAAAAAAGGCGGGCUUUUAAGAAGCGCGUCUCUUUUCAACCCUUCUCGUGUCUCGUACACUAGUAGUAGUAGUAGUAGUUUUCUUUUCGCUUUUUAGAGAAAAAGGAGCGCGUCUGCGCACAAAUAUUCCUCACUUUACGUUUGCGUCUUUUCGACGUUGACGUCGACGCAAAACCCCACCGUUUGUGGACUGUGCGGAUGAGAUGAGCUCAGUGCUCGACGAACAGCGCUGCGACGGGACCAUGCCGCCGCGCCCUGCAUCUCGAAAAAUCCGAUUCCAGGAGGAAGCCUGGAUGGGCUGAACAAGUAAGGGCGGACCCGGAGGGACGAUGGGAGAGGACUACGACGGAGAUGGGGGUUGCGGUUCCGGUGAGGAAGAAACCGGUUCAAAUCUUCCAAUUUGGGAGGCUGCAGCUGCCGUAUUAAUUUUGGGCUUUCUAGUGUUAGCGACAGUACUUGGCAAUGCCCUCGUGAUCUUGAGUGUCUUCACCUAUCGGCCAUUAAGGAUUGUGCAAAAUUUCUUCAUAGUCUCAUUGGCCGUUGCCGAUCUUGCUGUGGCAAUUUUAGUGAUGCCUUUUAACGUCGCCUAUUUGCUACUCGGCAAAUGGAUAUUUGGCAUUCAUCUAUGUAAACUGUGGCUCACUUGCGACGUACUCUGUUGUACAGCUAGUAUUUUAAAUCUUUGCGCAAUUGCUCUCGAUCGAUAUUGGGCAAUAACAGAUCCAAUAAAUUAUGCCCAAAAACGUACAUUAAAAAGAGUCUUGGCAACGAUAGCUGGUGUUUGGGUAUUAUCGGGUGCAAUUAGUUCACCACCAUUGGCCGGUUGGAAUGACUGGCCCGAGGAACUUGAACCAGGUACACCAUGUCAACUAACAAGGAGGCAGGGUUAUGUCAUUUAUUCAGCACUUGGUUCAUUUUUCAUACCAUUAUUGCUCAUGAGUCUUCUGUAUUUGGAGAUAUUUUUAGCGACACGAAGACGCCUUCGUGAAAGGGCUAAACAAAGUCGAUUGGGCGUUGCACAGUCGGCGAAACAUCGUGAAACUGAUGACAAUGAAGAAUCAGUGAGUUCGGAAACGAAUCAUAAUGAAAAAUCAACACCAAGAUCACAACCGAAACCAUCGCUUGUCGAUGAUGAUGUUACUGAAGUGACAGUGGCUGGUGGUACAACGGGACAUUCAAGACGUGGUGGUCCUGGUAUUGCAACAACAUCAACGACUGUUUAUCAAUUUAUUGAAGAACGGCAGAGAAUUUCUUUGUCUAAAGAAAGACGAGCCGCAAGGACGCUUGGUGUCAUUAUGGGUGUGUUUGUCGUUUGUUGGCUUCCCUUUUUCCUCAUGUACGUCAUUGUACCAUUUUGUCCAUCUUGUUGUCCUUCCGAUAGAGUGGUGUACUUCAUCACAUGGUUGGGAUACGUCAACAGUGCUCUCAAUCCGCUCAUUUACACCAUCUUCAAUCUCGAUUACAGGAGGGCUUUCAGGAGACUUCUUCAUAUUGGAUAAGGAGUUCGUUAAGAGGUUCAAGCUUCCGGACUUUGUAAAUAUAGUAUAUUCAUUGUAAGAUUUAUCACUGCAGUCGCGCGUUAAAUAAUGGAAAAAUUAUUGCACCGGAAAAAAUACACUUUUGGAGAAAUCUUUUUUGAAUUAAACCAUUUUUAAACUUAUAAAUAAGAUUAUGUGGUAUGAAAAUAAAUCAAACAGGUUUUCUCGAAAAUAUAUUUUUCGGUGUGAAAAACAAACAUUCUCAGACUCUUUGUCCGUGUC